AAAAGAAAAAUACAAAAUAACAUACUAAAAGGCAGAAAAACAUAAAAAUAAAAUAAGAAACAAAGAAAAAUUUUUCGAACAAAAAUAAUAUUAUUGAAUCUCUUGACUGAAUAAUAGUUGGAAUAUUGUUAGUUGACUUCGAUAGCUUGAUGAGUUUACACGUGAAAAUAAAAUAUUUCUGUCACCUCUCGGUUUUUACUUUUUUUUUUUGAAAUAAAAUACAAAAAAAAUAUAUAAUAUAUAUUUACAUAUAUUAAUCACAAUAUACAAAAAAAAAAAAAAAAAUAUUUAUGAAUUAUUUUUUAUUUUCCAUAAAUUAAAAUAAUUAAUUAUAUAUAUGCGUAUACGGUGUAUGUAUAAAAAAAAAAUAAUUUAAAACGAAAAUAAAUUAAUUUCGGGGGAAAAAUGCAUUAUAAAAAAUUAAUAAUUAAUUAAUAAAAAAUAACCAGAAGUUAUAAACAAGAGUCAGUUGUUUAAUGUACAAAAUAUUUGCAAUGAAUAAAUGCAGUAAACAGUGUAUACAAACUUUAAAAGAAACGUAAUUAAUAAAAAUAGUGUUUGAAAUUAAUAUUACAUAAAUACAAACAAAAGGUAUACGAUAUUUAAUUUUUAAUAGUAAUAAAAUAAUUUCUAAUGGUAAUACUUACUACAUUUAUGUUGAAUUCUUGAUUAAAAUAUUAAUUUAAAGGUCAGUUCCAAAAAAAAAAAAAUUUUUUUCUUGCUAUUUGUCGAUUGAAAUAUUAAAAUAACUUUAAAUCUCAAAACUAGUCAAAGAAAAAUUCGUUGACUUAAUCAAAAACACUAGAACAUUAGAAAAAAAAUAAUCUUUUUGUGAUAUAAACGUUAUUUGCUCAAAUAAAUCUAAAAAAAAUAAACUAAAUAGCAAAGGUUUUUGCUUUAAAAAUUUUUAGUAACAAAAUUUUUAAUAAUAAUAAAAAAAAAUAUCUUUUUCGUAAACCGCAAUAAAGUGCGGCAAAAAACAGAAACUGAAUUUGGUAAAAUAUUUGCACACAAAAUUAAUAACAAAAACUUUAAAAACUUUAAAAAUUUCGACAUUUCAAAAAGAAAGUUUAAAUAAAAAAAUUUAAUGUAUGUGUGACAUAAUAAAAUUAAUAUUAUAAACAUUAGAAUAAUUUUAUAAAAGCAAAAUCAAAUAAAUAUUAUUAAAAAAAAUUGUAAUAUAAGAUUUCAAUCUGGUUCUCAAACUCGGUAAACUGAGCCCCAAUUUGGAGCCCUACCCCGCCAGCGUGGACGGGCUGAAUAGCCCUAGAGCGGUGGGGAUGGCCGCCACAUAUAUGACGCCUACAUCGGGCGAAUUAGAUAUGGCCUUAGGCGGUGGCGGAUAUCAUACAUCUUCACCCCGCAGUGCAACAGAUGCUGGUGAAAUGAAAUAUAUGCAACAUCAUCAUCAUCAUACACAUUCACAUCAUCAUCAGUUGCCAUCAUCACCAUCACCAAAUACUGGUGCUGGUGCAACAACAUUAAGUAGUGUUACAAGCGGUUUAACGAGUGUUGGAUCAGCAGGAUCAAAUCCAUGGACGGCAUUACAUCCAGCUGCAACUGAUCCAUGGUCAUUACAAACACAUCAUACCCAUCACCAUCCGGCAGAUGUUAAACAAGAAAUGUCAGCACAUUUAUCACAACAAAGUAGGGCACAACAAGGUAUGGCAUCACCACAUGCAUGGCAUGCACCAGUACAUGCGACACAUUAUGGCCCGACGGGUGGUUCACCGUUACAAUAUCAUCAUGCAAUGAACGGUAUGUUACAUCCAGCAGCACAUCAUCCACAUCACCAAGGUGUUGCACCAUUACAUCAUGCGUUACGUGGUGCAGAAUCACCUCAGUUACAUAUUCAUCCACAUCAUUUACAAGGGGAUCGUGAUGUUAGUGCCGGUGAAGAAGACACACCAACUUCAGAUGAUUUAGAAGCAUUUGCAAAACAAUUUAAACAACGUCGAAUAAAAUUAGGUUUUACACAAGCGGAUGUUGGUUUAGCUUUAGGUACAUUAUACGGUAACGUUUUCUCACAGACAACGAUAUGCCGAUUUGAGGCUUUACAAUUAAGUUUUAAAAAUAUGUGCAAAUUAAAACCACUUUUACAAAAAUGGCUAGAAGAGGCUGACUCAACGACCGGUUCACCUACAUCGAUUGAUAAAAUUGCCGCACAAGGAAGAAAACGAAAGAAACGUACUAGUAUAGAAGUUUCAGUUAAAGGUGCACUUGAACAACAUUUUCAUAAACAACCAAAGCCAUCGGCACAAGAGAUUUCAUCGUUAGCUGAUUCAUUACAAUUAGAAAAAGAAGUAGUAAGAGUGUGGUUUUGUAAUAGAAGGCAAAAAGAAAAACGUAUGACACCACCAAAUACAAUGGGCGGCGACAUGAUGGAUGGCAUGCCACCAACACAUUUAGGUCAUCACGGUUAUCAUCAUCAUGAUAUGCAUGGUAGUCCAAUGGGUACACAUAGUCAUAGUCAUAGUCCACCAAUGUUAAGUCCAACAAAUAUGCAAAGUGCUGGGGGUCACCAGCUGACGGCCCACUAGCAAUCAGAAAUCCAGGAGUCCAACUCCGCUGUUAAUGCAUCGAAUGCGACAACGAUACAGUCAACGGUGUCUUCAUAUAGUCAACAUCAACAUCAACAGCAGCAGCAACAACAACAGCAGCAGCAGCAAUUAAAUCAACAACAAUCAACGACACCAUCAUCUUCAGGUUCAUCAACAAUGACAACAAAUGUUUUAUCACCGAAUAGUCCCUUAGGAAAUCAUAAUAAUAAUAAUAAUUCAACCCAUAAUAAUAAUAAUGAUAACGACCAUUUAUCUCAAGUAACUAAAACGAAUGCAUCAUUAGCUGCGGCAAUGUAUUUAGAUCCAAUGCGAUAUCAACAACAUCCGCAUUUAACAUCACAUCAUCAUCCGCAUCUAUUCCAUACCAGUGAGCAUCAAUUAAAUUUAAAUCAUCAUCAGCAAUUGCAACAGCAACAACAACAGUUGCAACAACAUCAUCAGCAUUCACCGUUAUCACCGUUAUCACCAGCAUCACCGUUGUCAUUAAAUUUGAACCCACACGUUGUCCAUCAUCAUCAUUUAAAUCAUCAACAACAUCAUCAUCAGCAGCAACAGCAACAGCAACAACUUCAUGCCAGAAGAUUGUUUCAUGAGUGGACCCUGCAAUUUGGCGCAGCAGCCGCCACCGGAGCACCACCUGGUGUCCGUCAUUUUAACACAUUCGGAGGCGAUUAUAGUAAUCGUAAUGAAUAACAAAAUCUGUGUAAAAAUCAAAAUAAUUGGGUUUUUUAAUAUUAAAAGUACAAAAAAAAAAAAAAAAAAACGAAAAACAAACAACAAGUCAAAAUAUUUUCAGUUUGCGAAAAAUACACGCAUUGCCGUCGAUAUAUUUUGUAAAUUUGUGCAAAUAUUUUUUAAAAAUAGAAAAUUUAUACAUACCUAUGAGAUUUUAUGUGUAGUUAUAAAGCUAGAGAAUAUUUUAUUAAAUUUGAAUUUUAGCUACAAAUUCAAAAUAAUUUCCUUGUUUAAGUUUGGUUACAAAGUUUUCAUAAACCAUUGCUAUAAAUGUAAAGUUUAUGAGUAGAAAAAUUAUCAAGCAUUGAGAAUUGCUAUAUUUUGGAGGGUUUUCAGAGUUUUAUUAUUAAAUUAUUGAACAAGACUUAAUGCUCCAGGUUUAUAAAUUCUCCCAAAUUUCUGAUUUAUUUAUUUUAAUUUAUUAUAGAAAAUCAGAAUCGUCUCCUUUCGCUUUAUUUCCACUUAAAACUUUAAAAUAAACAUCGAAAUUAUCUAUUGAAACCGAAUUAUUAAUUAAUAUAGCCUUUAUUUAUAAAUGUUAUAUGUUAAUUUGGGUCUACAUAUUUUUCAUUUAAUUGCACUUAAAUAUACGAUAUUUAAAGUAUACGAUUUAGAUAUACUAAAUACAAAUUUUAUGUAACUAUAAAACAAAAUGAAUUUAAACGGCAAAAAUUAUAAUAUUUUUAAUCAUUUACACAAUUUUACAUUUAAUAGCUGAAAAUUAAUAAUAUCGCGUCUUAUAUACCAGUUACAUUCCAAUCGCGAACAAGUAC